GAGGAGGUCAACUUCGAAGUGCAAGAGCCGGCUGAGGCAAGCCGAGGCAUGAAGCGCUCGGAUGGGCCUUCGUCGGAAGCCUACGUAGCGCCACUCAAGUGCCCGAGAUCGGCGAUGCAACAACUGGCGGAAAUGAGGCCCAAGGCUUCUGCGACAGCGUGGCAGAGGCCUGGGAAGUCCUCGGCUGGAGGGGAGACGACUUGGGCGCUGAAGGAACUGGCUGAGGUUCGACAAAAGCUUGUUGCCGCCGAGGAGGCAUUAUGCCAGGAGAAGAGUCUGCGCACCAACUUGCAGGAGAAGCAAGACCUAGAAGAGAAGCAGGUGCAGAAGCUUCAGGCCAGCUUACAGGAGCAACAAGAGCAGCUCCGGGAGCAGCAAUGUCUAGCUAAUGAGAAGCUGCAGCAGCUGCAGGCUCAACUGAAUGCCGAGAAUAUGAGGCGGAUCUGUGCAGAGGAGCAGCUGAAGAAGUUGCGACCGCUCACGAAUUCCGUCAAUCAUGGUGCAUUUUGGCAGUACGAGCUGGACGGUUGCUGGCAUGCAUUCACACCGGAGGGCAGCGAGCAGAUGCACCGUGCCUAUGAAGCAUACCUCGUCGACGGCCAAAGGUGUUGCACAGCGACCAUAGUAGCUGGGGGCGUUGCACGCCUGGUUGAUUUCAGGCGAAUGACCCAACAGCAUGCCAUCACCAAGAAAGUGCGCAAGAUCCGCAUUCGCAUGGGGGUACCGGCGCAGUGGGAGAGUGGCCCAUCAGUUCUCCUUACACAGAGCGACAACUUGGAAUCUUGUUACGUGGAAGUGAAAGAUCGGCCCAUGCUGGACUGGAUUAGGGUUGUUCUCACAAAGACAGGUCAUUUUCGCGACAGGUCAACUCCUUGCUUCUGCAUGCAGAAGGCGACUGUCAAGUCAGUCCAUCGCAUUGAGAACUUUCGGCUUUGGCAUCGCUAUCAGGCCAGGCUGGCUGCGAUGAGGGAGGACCAUGCGAAAUACAAUGUCUCUGUGCAACAUACAGAUCUCGAACUAGAUUUUAGUAUACCUUCGGGCGUGAUGACUCGUUCUCAAUCUUAUCUGAGCUGUGGGGAGCCCAUGGCGUCUGACGUGCAAGAGAAGAUACUGUUGCAUGGUACCUCCUGGGAAAAUGCUGAUGCCAUCGUCAUGGACGGCUUCGAUCACAGGACCUGCGCUCGUGGUAUGUAUGGGGAUGGUGUCUACUUUGCAGGUGCUGCCUGCAAGUGCCACCAGUACACAUGCCAGACGCACAGUGGCAAGGCGUGCUCGUGUAAACACGAGAGGACCUUGAUCAUUGCUCGUGUGGCGCUUGGUGAUGCUUUCCACGCAUCUCAAACCCGAAAAGGGGAACGUCGGCCUCCGAACAGAGAUGGGGCAACAGGUACACAUGGUUCUGUUGUUGUGAACCCUGGGCCAAUCCAUGGGCAUCACAAUCCCAAUCAAAUUCACCAGGAGUUCGUCAUAUUCGAUCGAGAGCAAGCCUACCCUGCAUUUGUUGUCCAAUACGUGCUCUGA